UAGAAUUUUCUUUAGAAUAUUUUAUAUCUUGCUGUGAAUGUUGGCAUCGUGAUAUUUACAUACAAGCCUAUUUGUUUAUUGAUAACAAACUUGUGGUCGGUUGUGAUUUGACUGGGGUACACGCGGCUACACAUAACGAUGGAGAAGAAAAUGUCAGUACCUAAAAAAAGUUUUUUCUCUGAAAAAGAAAAAAUCACCCUUGUCGAUUUGGUGCAAGAAAGACUGGGUAUUUUAGAGUGUAAGAGAACUGAUGGCGUGUUUUGUAAGCGGAAGGAAGAAGCUUGGCAAGAAUUGGCAUCAUAUUUUAAUUCGUGUUGUGAAGUAAAGAGGACUGCAAAGCAGUUAAAAACUUGCUAUGAAAAUAUAAAAAAACGGGCAAGAAAAUCCACAGCUGUAGACAAGGUUGAAAUAAAGAAAACUGGUGGUGGUGGUUUUGUUUCAAAAGUAACUCCACUUGAAUCGCGAGUAAUAGGCAUGAUACAAUGUCAAUUUGCUCCAUUGAAAUCAAGUGUGGACAGUGAUGCACAAUAUCAUUAUGGAGUUGAAGAGCUUGUCAACGAUGAUGACCGUGAAGUAUGCGAUGUAGAACUGGAUGAAAGCCCUGAAAGUCAGAUUCAAGAAUGUUAUGAGAUGUGGCCUGAUGAAGAUAUUCAAACUGCAGUACCGAAAACACAUUCUUCAAGCAACACAGUAGCAUCUCCUGUGACACUUGAUGUGUUUGUGCCAAACAAGUCGCCGCAAGUCUCCAAAAAACGGAAAUCUGAUGCUGCUCAAGACUUAUUUGAGGAGGGUAACAGAGAUGCCUUCUUCCAGAAACGAAAACUGGAGAUGGCAGAAGAACUACAUUUAAAGAAGUUAGCAUUGAUUGAAAAGGAGUUGUAUAUAAAAGACAUUGAAAUCAAAAUAAAAGAAGCAGAGUUGCAGCUGUUACAACAACAGCUAUGACUCACCUUGUAAAUAAUUUUUUUCCAUUGUGCAAAUAAAUUUUUUAUGAAUUUUUUUAUCAUUUUAUUCCUAAAAGAAGCAGAGUUGCAGCUGUUACAACAGCUAUGACUCACCUUGUAAAUAAUUUUUUUCCAUUGUGCAAAUAAAUUUUUUAUGAAUUUUUUUAUCAUUUUAUUCCUUGUACACAAAUCCUAAUUACCAGAACAUAAUGGUCAGUGAAAAUAAGAAAUAAAUAUUUACAUGCUGUACAGGUAAGUUAUUUGUCAGUAUUUGUCAACUUUGCUAACUACUGUAACAUGGAAAUUGUGAAAAGAAAAUAUGUUGAGCAUAAUGGAUUUUUUUUUCAUGCUUAAUUAUUUUCCUACAAAGUGAACAGCAAAUACAGUAUACAUACCUACAGUUAUAAAUAACAAACAAUCGGUACAUUUGUCAAGUUAGUCUGCAUUUUAAACACUAAAUAGAUACUAACAACAAUUUCAUGGUGUGCAUAGUACUACAUAUAUUGUGCUGAAAAAGCAAGCAAUAAAACCAAAAAUUAGUACUAAUGUCAUUUAGUCCUUCCAUUGAUUAUUAAAACAGGGUACUGGUAAUAUGAGGAAUUUAUAAAUUGUGCUAAACUAGAAUGCUCUACUGUAAACAAUAUGUGUUGUAUGAUCAAGACACAGUUUAUCAACGCUAUUAUAAAAUUUCUAACUGCCAAGCUGCCCAAUCCACAUACUGUUAAAUCGUAACAUUCUUUGC